ACUUGGCCCUACACUCCCAAUUCCUGUUCACCGUUGAUGACCUUCAGAAUAAGCACUACAUAGGUAGCUUUCAGUGUUGUCGUCCAGACUGAGGAGAUAAAUGCAGAUGAAUGUGAUGAUCGAUGAAAUCGAGUCACCGUUUUUUCGGUUAGAUCAAAUGCUGGCAUAAAGCUUUCUUCCUACUAGCCAUCAUGAAGUACUUUUCGACCCGUGGAGGCUCAUCAGAGCUAACUUUCGAAGAGACAGUGCUCGCCGGUCUCGCCCCAGACGGUGGAUUGUACAUCCCUGCAUCAAUACCACAACUCCCAUCUGACUGGCAGAAAGCCUGGGCCAACAAGAGUUUUCCUGAGCUCAGCAUCGAGAUACUCUCCCUCUUCAUCUCUGCAGAUGAGAUCUCUCAAACAGACCUCGCCGCCCUCGUACAUGCCACGUACAACGAUUCUGCAUGGCGCCAUCCCAAUAUCACCCCCCUCCAGCCACUCAGCACCAACAAGUACAUCCUUGAGCUUUUCCAUGGUCCUACGUAUGCCUUCAAGGAUGUUGCACUUCAGCUCCUGGGCAACCUUUUCUCCUACUUUCUCCAGCGCCGCAACAAGGCAAAAUCUCAUGGAGAGGAGAGGGAGACACUGACCGUAGUGGGAGCAACGAGUGGUGAUACAGGGAGCGCAGCUAUUUACGGGCUGCGGGGCAAGCCCGAUGUCUCCAUAUUCAUUCUCCACCCCAAAGGUCGUGUCAGCCCUGUCCAAGAAGCUCAAAUGACCACCGUGAUAGACGAAAAUGUACACAACCUUGCUGUCAAGGGAACCUUUGACGAUUGUCAAGACAUUGUCAAAGCCCUUUUCGCUGACACCGCCUUCAACGCAAAACACCACCUCGGCGCUGUCAACAGCAUAAACUGGGCCCGCAUACUCGCCCAAACAGUCUACUACUUCCUUUCCUACUUUGCUAUCCGCCGUACCCUCUCUACCGACGCCGAGCUCCAAUUCAUCGUCCCAACCGGUAACUUCGGCGACAUCUUAGCAGGCUAUUAUGCUAAGCGCAUGGGCCUGCCAAUGGCUAAACUCGUUAUCGCUACAAACGCCAAUGACAUACUCACCCGCUUCUGGAAGACAGGGCGAUAUGAAAAAGUGGACUCGAAUUCGUCGUCACCUGUGGUCGGGGGUGUGGUAGAGACUCUCUCGCCUGCCAUGGAUAUCCUCGUAUCGAGUAACUUCGAGCGCUUGUUAUGGUAUCUCGCCUUCGAGAACAUACAUAACACUAAUCCCGGAGGGGCCUUGCGUGAGAAGGCCUGCCAGACGGUAAAAGACUGGAUGGACAACGUAAAAUCCAUCGGGCGCAUUGUCGUCCCAGAUUCAGUGCUCGAGCUGGCGAGGAGAGAUUUUACAGCUGAGAGAGUCGAUGAUGAACAGAUCCGCCAAACGAUCCGGGAGUACUACACCUCCACACAAUCCUAUACCACAGACCCACACACCGCAGUAGGGCUGCAUGUCGCAGGCGUCCUUCCGCCUCCACCCAACACUAUUCAAAUCAUCCUCUCCACUGCACACCCAGCAAAAUUCUCUGAGGCGGUCACGAGCGCGCUUGAUGGCGUGCCAGGAUUUGACUUUGACUCAGUGCUUCCCGAAGCGUUCAAGACGCUUCUAACGAUGGAGCGCCGCGUGAUAGAGGUUGAAAGGCCUGACGUGGAGCUCGUGAAGGGCGUUGUGGAACGGUUUGCGGUAAAGUGAAUAUUUGAUGGUGUGGGGUACCCUGAGAAUGGGGGAUCAAAAACAACGUUUGUUGUGUAAAAUAAAGGUCCAUUUAAAUGCGGGUCUUGUAUACCAGUGAUAGCAAUGUGAUACAGGAGGGUGGGCAUCCUUCCCCCUUGCGAUAUUUGAAGCUCUUUAUGCGGUUUCUUCAAUGGUGACUCAGAAAUGAAAGCACAUACGCGACAUUUAUCAAACCAUGUGGUAAUGUUUGAGAGGUACUUUAAGCGGAAGGACAAACGUGCCUAGUCUCCCGUACUCUGCCUUUCUGUCGGUUCUGGGGUCGAAGCCGG